AUUACACAAAACAAACAACAAAUGCAAGAAAUUUUAGAAAUAGUCCAAGAGUUUUUUGACCUCAAUAAAAUAAAUGUGAACGCAUUCAAAUCAGAACUAAUCCUCGUAAAUGGACACAAAGAAGACUAUAAGAAUGGAAUCGAUUUCAUGAAAAAUCAAAUAAUCCCAAAGAAAUCCACUGAAGCAGUUCGAUAUCUAGGGGUUUGGAUACAAGAAAAUGGAAAAAAAAUAUAUCAAAAAAAAUCUAAUAAAAGAAAAAAAUACUUAAUGCAAGAUUUGGUACAUACUGAAAAAGACCUUGAGAAACUUAAUGCUAAAAUACGAUCUUGUUUCCAUCACUCUUGUGGACAUUCAGCUAAAUUACCUACUAGUAUACUAUAUUCACCAUUAGGAUACAAAUUAUUUAACUUACACGAUAGACAACUACAA